GUUUGAUUGUUGACAUUUGUAUGCAGAAGGGGCUGAUUCACCCCUUUUACACAUACUUUGCGUGGAAAAAAAACUGUGAGGAGAGGCUGUUUUUGCUUCAAGAAAUCUUACAGGUGAUAUGGAUUAUCCUAAAGGACCGCUAUAUCCCGUACCUAGCGCUCCAAUGCCUGGAAAACCGUUUUCACCAACCAUGGGUGCCACAGAUUCAUACCUUGAAAAUGCACCACAUCCUCCACCUUAUAGCCUACCGUAUGGAACAGUUCAACCGCCCAUGGGUGCCACAGAUUCAUACCUUGAAAAUGCACCACAUCCUCCACCUUAUAGCCUACCGUAUGGAACAGUUCAACCACCCAUGGUUGCAGCAGUACAAACCACUGUUGUAUUGCAAAAUGCAUUUCACGAUACUCCAGUAUGCUGCAUAUGUCCUAUAUGUCACCAGAACAUUGUGACAAGAACAGAAUAUAAGACUGGUCUCCUUACUUGGGCAGUGUUUGGAGGACUUAUACUAUUUGGGUGCUGGCUAGGGUGCUGUUUGAUCCCAUUCUGUGUUGACUCCUGCAAGGACGUGGAUCAUUUUUGUCCAAAUUGCAACCAUCACCUUCAGAAGUACAGAAGACUGUGAAAUAAAUACUGAGCCUGAUUCCUUUGUGUUCCUCAGCUGUGAAUAUUGUUAUUUAUUGGCCACACAGGCAGAUAGAAGGAAAACUACUUGCUGUAUUACACAAGCUGCACGUCAGUUUAAAAAUGGUGGCACUAGUAGCAAAAUGGUGGCCGUAUAAGAUUGCAAAUUGUACCAGAUGCUCAUAUCCUAAUGCAGAAUUACCCCACUGCCUCUGGUCUUGUCCUAAAGACAGACAAUUUUGGUCUAAAGUAAACUACUGGUUGAAUCAAAUUUUGGACAGGGAACAGAGGCUAUUUAUGUUUGAUGGUUUGAUUUUAUGUAAUGACAUGCGCAGGGGAAAAUAGUUAUUUAAAGGGACAGUCAGAAUUUUUGUUGUUUUAAAAGAUAGAUUAUCCCUUAAUUACCAAUUCCCCAGUUUUGCAUAACCAACAGUUAUAAUUAUACACGUUUUACCUCUGUAAUUACCUUGUAUCUAAGCCUCAGCAGACUGCCCCCUUAUUUCAGUUCUUUUGACAGACUUUGGACUUGACUGUCCCUUUAAUAAAUACAGUAAUUUUAUUAGGUAGGAAUAUUAUAUUAAGUUAAUGGAAAUCUAAAAUAAACCAGAGCAUGAGAGAAUUUAUGAUGAGAAUACUAAGGCAAAUUAAUAUAGAACAAUAUGAGCCACAUGAAAAAGCAGUGCUAAGUGGUAUAAAGUCAUACUCUCAUAACCAGACUCAACACAACGACAACUAACCUUUACAUUUAAUAAAUCACACUUUUUCUGUAUGUCCAUUCCGGCAGGGAACUUUCCCGAUUGGUGGUUGGAUUAAAAAGGGAAGCUCAGAGGAAGGUACUGACAGGGGAGGGAGGGAGAAAGAAAGGUAGUAUAUAGCAGUCAAUGGCCCCUAUUUAUCAAGGUCUGGCUGACCUGAUCCAACAGUGCGGAUCAGGUCCGCCAGACCUCGCUGAAUACGGCGAGCAAUACGCUUGCCGUAUUCAGCAUUGCACCAGCAGCUCACAAGAGCUGCUGGUGCAACGCCGCCCCCUGCAGACUUGCGGCCAAUGGGCCGCCAGCAGGGGGGUGUCAAUCAACCCGAUCGUACUCAAUCAGGUUGAUUUCCCGCGAUGUCUGUCCGCCUGCUCAGAGCAGGCGGACAGGUUAUGGCGCAGCGUUCUUUGUGACUGCUGCUUCAUAACUGCUGUUUCUGGCAAGCCUGCAGGCUCGCCACAAACACGGGGCAUCAAGCUCCAUUCGGAGCUUGAUACAUAGGCCUCAAUGGCUACUAGAAUAUGAUAUAAGUAAUAUACAAUGGAAUCAGAUUAAUGUAAUUGUGUCUAUAAGAUGAAGAUUUCUGUUAUAAUUUUGUCAUUUGCUUGGUUGUACUAUGCAAGGACAAUGGAAUAUGCCAAAUUGCUAUGUGGUUCCACCUUCUGGAGAUUGAUUGUAAUUAUUCUAUAUUGUAAUGGAAAAGCUAUAAAAUGUUUGUUGUAUUCUGAAGCUAUGUAGAGGGUGUCACAUACUGUGAUUAACUGUCAUGAUGUAUUUGUUCUUGUUUGUGUAAUUUAAAAAAAAUAAUACAUUUUGAAUGAAAAAAAAAUCAAAAAUAAAGAAUAGUGGCACAAUGGCAUCAAAAUAAAUCAAGUCGGUGCUUAUGCUUAGAUAUAAGGAGCAAUAUUUAAGGGGGUGUUUAUCUCCCAGAUAUCUGUAGGGUUGGCAGAUGUCCAGUAAUGAAGUGGGCACUUUGCUAUUUAAACCCAAUGUCCUGUAAACGCUAUAUAAAACAACUGCACAUUUGGUAUUUUAUGCGUCAUUAGCACAACUGGAAAUGUGUAGACCAUUUCAGUAAAGGCUUGAGGCUUUGACAACAUAUUCCAGGAUGCUGAAAUUAAGAGCAUUAGUUAUGUCACUGUCAGAAAGGUGGCUAAAACAAUGUUCUGUGUAAUACUAUUUGAAUACAAUUUUUUAUCUACUAUGAAACAAAUAGACAGUGUUCUAUCUAUCUAUUGGGUACUUAUAGAGCGCGUACUAAUCACCCGCGAGGGUCUUAAGGCGCUGGUGUUGUACAUGUGCUCAGGACAAGUCCUAUAAUGUAUUCUCCCAAUAAUCCUCUGUGCUUCCCUUGAGAUGUUGCUAGGUCAGAUAUAAAAUGUAUAUGAACCUGGAAAGAGUUAAAGGGCAGGUAAUCACACAUAACAGCAAUUCUCUGGUGUGGUUUUUUAAAGGGACACUCAAGUCAAAAUAAACUUGUAUGAUUCAGAUAGAGCAGCAGUUUUAAGACACUUUCCAAUUAACUUCCAUUAUCAAAUGUUGCACAGACUUUUUAUAUUCACACUUUCUGGGGAACAAGAUUUUACUGAGCAUGUGCACAAGCUCACAGGGUAUAC